AUGCUUGACGACGCGGCACAGCCGUUAGGUACCGAUGCUACGGAGGAGCAGAAUGAGCCGAAGUGUAACCCGUUUGGGACACGGUAUCUGACUGAUGAGAGCCGUGUGUGGGAACACAAUGCAUGGGAUAACGUGGAUUGGAGUGAAGAAAUGAAGAACAAUGCUCAUCGAGUCAUUGAGAUUCAGAAGCAACAAGCUGUUGACAGUUCCACAGCAGAAGAGUUGAUUGGAAAACCCGAGAAACAAUGGGAUGCGUUCUACUCACAGCACAGUAACAAUUUUUUCAAGGAUCGACGAUGGCUAUUGAAAGAAUUCCCGGAGCUGGAUAUGAAAAACUAUCCGGAGGGAUCCACUGUACGCGUUCUGGAAGUUGGAUGUGGCGUAGGCAACACUUCGUUCCCGUUAUCGGAAUGGGAUGAACACCGAAGAAUGUAUCUGUACAGUUGUGACUAUUCAGCAGUAGCGGUGAAAGUGUUGAAAGAGCACGAGAAAUACGAUAGUUCAAGGAUGUGUGGAUUCGUCUGGGAUAUCACGGAAGAUGCACCAGAAGAUGCCCCGGCAAAAGAAUCUCUAGACUUUGUUGUCUGCAUAUACGUAUUGUCAGCAAUACAUCCUUCAAAAGCUCGGCAAGCUGUCGACAACCUUGUAAGCCUGCUGAAGCCCGGAGGGAUGCUGUUACUCAAGGAUUACGGUCGAUUUGAUCUCACUCAACUUCGUUUCAAGAAAAGCCGUUAUAUUGAUGAAAAUCUAUAUUGCCGAGGUGAUGGCACAUUAGUGUAUUUCUUCAGUAAUGACGAAUUGGACGCGUUACUCCGAUCAGCAGGACUUGUUCAAAAAGCUAAUUUUGUUGAUAAACGACUGAUUGUUAAUAGAGCUAAGCAAGUGAAAAUGUAUAGGCAAUGGUUGCAAAAUAAGAAAACGCUGCUGAGGUUGAGUUGUGAAACUUUACGAUUUCGACCAUUGUUCGAUGACAUUCUGAGCGAUCCCGAACUCGUUCAAAUUACUUCGGAUCCUGAAAUAAAUGGAGAUAUCAAUUUGGUAUAUGUAUUGCUCUAUGAGUUCCUGGCUGGAGCUGGUCUCGGAAGGGCAUCACCACGUCUGCGGGGAGCAAUCUACAAGCAUACGAAGGCGAUUCACGAUAAAGAGAAACUGUUAGCACAAGAUGGACGAGGAGUAGCAGCUAUCAAGGACCAGGGCGAUUCCAGUGAAUCAACGGCAUUCAUUCCACGUUAUGCUCGUAUUAACACACUGAAAUGGACAGCAGAAGAAGCCAUCGAACGACUCAAGUACGAGGAUUGGAGAGCAUCCUGCUUACCGGCUUACCUACUGGCCCCUCCAUCUGGUUCUCAUGUUUUCGACACCUGUGCGGCUCCCGGAAUGAAAACAAGCCACGUAGCUGCGAUUUUAGGUGGAGAGGGGAAGAUCUGGGCAAUGGAUCGUUCAGAAGACCGCGUUGAAACAAUGAGAAAAAUUUUGGAAGAGUGUGGAGUUGAGAAUGCUUCCGUUUUCCACGGAGAUUUUCUCAAGACUGAUGUAAACGACAAGAAGUUUGCAAAGGCAAGAGCUGUAAGAUACGCCAUUGUUGAUCCUCCUUGCUCUGGAUCUGGUAUGGUAAAACGAAUGGACGAGUUGACGGGUGGCAAUGCUCAUCCAGAACGUUUAGCAAAAUUGAGAAACCUUCAGGCCAUGAUUUUGAAACACGCGUUGAAGUUCCCAAACUUGCAACGCGCAGUGUAUUCUACAUGUUCGAUUCACGAGGAGGAGAACGAGGGUGUAGUAGAUGAGGUACUGCUGGAUACUUAUGUGCGCCAGCACUUCCAACUGGCCUCUUCUGUGUUGCCAACGUGGACCCAUAGAGGACUGGACACCUACGAAUUUGGCAAAGACUGCCUCCGAGCUGACCCCGCAAAAACACUCACCAAUGGAUUCUUUGUUGCAGUCUUCGAGAGAAUAUCUAGUGAAGAGAAUAAUGAGAGCAAAAGUAAGAAAAAGAAAAAGCAUAAAAUCUAUGCAAGUGAUGAAGAGUCAAUAGAGAAGAAAAGAAGAAAAACGGAUGUGGAGGGCGUUAUUAAUGAAGAAGAUGAAUUUGUAGAUGUAAAAAGUGUUAAAAAGAAAAACAAGCAUAAGAAAAAGCAUAGACAGGAAGAAUGA